AUGGCUCCACCACAACCCAUCGCAGACGAUCUUAAUAUUUCACGUGUUUCCGUCAGACCUCCCCCAUUUUGGAAGGUCAACCCUACUUUGUGGUUUGCACAACUAGAAGCCCAGUUUGAUAUCGCCGGAAUCACUGUUGACUCCACGAAAUUCAAUCAUGUGAUAUCUGCAAUCGAAUCUGAUAUUCUCGAUAGCGUUUGUGAUAUCGUUUUACACCCACCUGUGACUGGCAAAUAUGACACACUAAAAUCACGCUUAAUUGAAUUGCAUUCUGAAAGUGAGGAGUCAAAGAUACGUACACUUCUUCAAGGGCUAGAACUUGGCGAUCAACGCGCCCAUCACAAUUACUUUGCCGUAUGCGAAACCUCGCUGGAGAGACCGUUGGAGAACCUUUGUUGA